AUAUUUCAAUCGAACAUACAGUAACAAGCUUCUGUCCAUUUUCAUUACAUAUAUAAGUGUUGAGUGUGUUUGAGGACCUGAACCAACAUUUGGUAUCAGAGUCUAGGGCUUGAGAAGAUCGGAGGAAGCCUCCGCUGCCGGCGGGUGUGUCGGUCGAUGGAGAGCAGACGUAAAAGAAGGGUCGGGACAGCAGGCGCUGUUUCUGGUAUGUUUAGCAGCCGUAAUCGGAGGCGUUAUAGUGUUUCGGUAGGCCGUUGUUGUGGUAGACGUACCGGUUAAGACGACGGGGGUGACCGGUGAUAAACACUUGUUUUCCGGGGCUGCUAGUUGUGAUAAAAGGAGGACAAUACAGGGUUGUUUUGGUUGAUGGUUGCGGGUUUGCGUAGCGGGUGUACAACCAGUAACAACAGCAGAAGUGUUAUGAUGGUGCCUUGAUCGGCUUGGUUCAUGAUAAGAGGAGACCGGCGUAGUGCGUGAAAAGCGGACGUAAAAGAUCCGUCAAAGCAGGUGGCUUUGGAUUUGGUUCGUUUGGCAAGGUGAGAAAACGUUAAAACGGGUGGUUUGUUUUCUUGGUUGUUGGAGAGGCCUCUUGAAUAAGGUUGAUCGGAAAAAGGUAUGGUUAGAGAAAAAAAAUAACACGGGCUGACAUUAUGGCGUUGGAGUACAAUCAGAUGGCUUUGGAUGUGGCCGGGGUAGGUCGUUGAUCCGUGAUAAGUCAAGAUGUGAAUGAACGGUGUUCCAACGUUAUGCCAUGUUACAUGUUACGGGCGUGGUGUUUUUAUUCGGGUUGAACCGAGACAUUGGACGUGAUCGAGGUGAAGAUCGGGUGUCCGUUAGAUGUCAUAGUGGUUCGAAACCGAGGUGAUUCGGUGCUGCAGUGAAGGCGUAAACAAACACCGAUUAAGGGGUGAUUGGUAACACACUCAAAAGGAAUUAGUCUAUGAAUUAUGAGAGGGUCAUCAACUCAUCAUUCUUGAUGUUUACAAAUGCAAUAAAUGUUUAAUACUAAUCAUGAAUUUGUUCAUUUUCAAUAGAUGUGUUUGUAUGUUUGUCGUUUAUGUUUGAAGAAUAUAUUCAUACCUUCAAUUUAAUCGUCGAAGGCAUAAAGAACGGUCGAUUUUGUUUCUUUUGUAAUUACAGUGAUUUGUUGAUGUGGGUGUUUGAGCCCUUAUUGACGCUGUUAUCGGCUGGAGUAUCCGUAUCAUCAACUAAGGUUGCUGAAUUGCUCGUUUCACACUUCUAUUGGUCUAAUAAUGUACCGAUUGCAUGGAAGUUUCUCGAAACCUGCUCAAUUAAAGGUCUUCGACGGAAUGGAAAAGUUGCUUUAUAUUUGCUUCAUUCGGGGUACGCACCAUUAUCGGUGUUGACAAAAUCGAGGACAGAAGUUUUACCUUUCCGGUUUGAUGCUAUUUCAGAUGUUGAUGUUUACAAAGUUGAGCCUUGGGAUCUUCCAAGUGCAUUAAUUGAAGAUCCAUCAAACAGUUUAAGUUUAUGCGGAGGAAGGCGAAGAGAGUAUCAUCAGAUGUAUUGCAACAGAUAGUUCGAUGAUGUGAAGAUCAUGUCUGCCACAAGAAGCUUUCAACUGCUAUUGUUGUGGUAUUACUUGUAUACAUUGAUUUAGUAUAGAAUGGUAGAAAAUGUUGUUUUUUUGGGGUUCUUGAAAAGUUUAGUUCUUUUCUAUACUCUGAUUCUAUUUAUUUAUUGUUUUAUUAGUUUUUGAA